ACAUCGUGAUUUGGAAUCAAACUUCAAUUGUUCAUCACCACUUUAAAUUCAAGAAAAAAUGUCUCAAUACAACGGAUCUCCCCCUCCAUACUCAGAGAAACCGGGGGAACUGGAUGAAAAAUAUGGACACAGCCAAGUCAAUGGGGACAAACCCCUGGACAAGGGGGAAAUAAACGAUAAAGACGGAUCUACCAAGGGACAGACAACCAUACAGAUGAAUGGAUAUGAAAACAAAGGUUUUGAUGGAACAGAUGAAAAGCUGGACAUUUCUCCCGAGAAAGAGGAAGACCCUUGGGCACUACCGGAGCUCAAGGAUACAGGAAUUCCAUGGGAUGAGUUGGACUUUAGUGGCAAAGUUCUCCGGGUGGUGUGGACGACCGUGCGAGUGAUACUUUUCCUGACUUGUCUUUAUGUCUUCUUCUGUUCUCUGGAUUUUCUGAGUUCUGCUUUCAAACUUCUCGGAGGUAAGGCUGCUGGCGAGGUGUUCCGGAGUAAUGUUGUCUUGCGGAACCCCGUGUGUGGGGUCAUGAUCGGAGUCCUAUCUACAGUCUUAGUACAAAGUUCUUCCACCAGUACAUCAAUUGUGGUCAGCAUGGUUGCAGCCGACAUUCUGGAUGUGGGUGAAGCGAUUCCAAUCGUAAUGGGUGCCAACAUCGGAACUUCGGUAACCAACACCAUUGUGUCCUUGGGACAAAUCACGGAUGUUUCAGAUUUCCGGCGGGCGUUUGCCGGAGCUACGGUCCACGACAUGUUUAACUGGUUAGCUGUCAUAGUCUUGCUACCUUUGGAGCUCAUCACCGGGUAUCUUUAUCAUUUGAGUGGCGCAAUUGUAGACAGCAUGCACCUAAAGACGUACGAAGAUGCCAACAAAGACCUGUUAAAGACGAUCACCAAGCCUUUUACUAAAAUGAUCGUUGAAGUCGACUCCAAACAGAUUAACAAAAUCGUCACCGAUGGAAAGGAAGUCGACAGUCUUCUUAAAACGUGCUGCAAAUCGAAAACGGUCAUGGCAAAGAACGCUACUGGUUUUGAAUUCGAGGAGAAAAUUUGUACAAAAAAUUGUACACAUCUUUUUAUGGACACCGGCCUAUCGGAUGCCGCCAUAGGAAGCAUUAUGUUGGUCGUUGCCCUGAUUCUACUCUGCCUAUGCCUCUUUGGUAUUGUAAAGAUCUUGAACUCUCUCCUGAAAGGAAAUAUCCGUAAAGUCAUCAAGAAGUUCGUAAACUAUGAAUUUCCCGGAAAAGCCGCCUAUUUCACUGGUUAUAUCGCCAUUGUAAUCGGCACUGGUCUUACCAUUUUGGUUCAGUCCAGUUCUAUUUUUACUUCCACUAUGACACCACUGGUGGGCGUGGGAGUAAUUGGCAUUGACAGAAUGUACCCUUUGACCCUUGGCUCCAACAUCGGGACCACCACUACCGGGAUUUUGGCAGCUCUGGCGACAGACACCUCUGAUGGCAUAGAACACCUUAAAAAUUCCCUUCAAGUUUCCAUGUGCCAUUUGUUUUUCAACCUUAGUGGCAUUAUUUUGUUUUAUCCGCUGAAAUUUAUGCGAUUUCCCAUUCCUUUGGCAAAAUUCCUGGGCAACACUACUGCCAAAUAUCGCUGGUUUGCCAUCUUUUAUUUGAUUCUAAUGUUCUUUGUCUUCCCACUGCUGGUGUUUGGAAUCUCUCUGGCUGGAAUCGAAGUUCUGGCCGGCAUUGGUAUACCAUUUAUUUGUGUCCUCUUCAUCAUUGGCAUCAUUAAGGUGCUGCAGAACAAAAAACCAAAUUUGCUUCCAAAAAAGCUCCAAAAUUGGAAGUUCCUUCCCGUGUACUUCCGGUCUCUGGAACCAUUAGACAGGCUAUUUUCUAAACUCUGUGGUUGUUGUAAAAUGUGCAAGAAGGAAAAGCACACUCCCAAGGGAGACCUUGAAAAACAAAUGAACACAAAAUUGUGAUAUUCUGCUUAAAUGUUUUUUUUUACGUAUGUCAGUGUGUUUUACUUCUUAAAAAAUUCCCAUUAUCUUUAACCUUCUUGCCUCUACGACUGUUAAUGGCAAAACAUUGGUUAAAUACAUAUAACCACAGACAGCAAUUAUAGAAUGUGUUCAUUGUUGUAAAUAUCAAAACAUGAGAUCUGUUUAAAUCCAGAAAGAGAGAGAGAGAGAAAAAGAGAGAGAGAGUUUUAACAUACAUUUUUAACUAAAACAUUUUAACAUGACGAAAAGAACAACUUUAUUCUUUGAAUGUUCAUUUUUCUUCAAUGAAGCUGUGAUAUGGAUCUUUUCUUUCAAGGAAAGAAACUUACUAUGUACAUAUUGUUAUGCUGUUUUGAAACACUUUAAAAUAUACCUUUGAAAUAUUGUUAUAUUAAAAUGCUGUUUUAUAAUUCA